AUGGUCACAGUUAUCACAGGUACCUUCCUGUGGACCCAGAGUCCCAGUGGGAACAUCUUUGUGAUCAGUUUAUCUGUGGCCGACCUGGUUGUUGCAGUGUAUCCCUACCCUUUAAUCUUAAGUGCAAUUUUCCACAAUGGGUGGACUCUGGGAAACAUUCACUGCCAGAUCAGUGGCUUUCUCACAGGUCUAAGUGUUAUUGGGUCCAUCUUUAAUAUCACGGCCAUCGCCAUCAACAGAUACUGCUACAUCUGUCACAGCCUCCGAUACGCCAGCCUGUUCACCCUCAAGAACACUUGCCGUUACCUUUGCCUGAUGUGGAUAUUAACAGUGAUAGCCGUCGUGCCAAACUUUUUUGUGGGCUCUCUUCAGUAUGAUCCUCGGAUUUACUCCUGUACCUUCACCCAAACAGUCAGUUCAUCCUAUACCAUUACAGUAGUGGUCAUCCACUUUAUCGUUCCUCUGUCAGUGGUGACGUUCUGCUACAUGAGGAUAUGGAUUCUGGUGAUUCAAGUCAAACACCGGGUGAGGCAAGACUCCAAGCAGAAGCUAAGAGUGGCCGAUUUUCAAAAUUUCCUAACUAUGUUUGUGGUUUUCAUCCUGUUUGCAGUCUGCUGGGGACCAUUAAAUUUUAUAGGUCUUGCCGUUGCUAUCAAUCCUUGGAAAGUGGCACCACAGAUUCCAGAGUGGCUGUUUGUUAUGAGCUACUUUAUGGCCUACUUUAACAGUUGUCUGAAUGCCGUGAUCUAUGGGUUUCUCAACCAGAAUUUCCGAAAGGAAUACAAACGCAUCUUUCUGACUCUGAGGACCCCAAGGUUACUCUUUGCCAGUUUGUCAAGGGGUGGAACGGAAGGGAUCAAGAGCAAACUAUCCCCAGUCAGGACAAAGAAAAAUCAAGCUGAAAUCCAUGUGUAAUGAAGAGUGACUCUGUCCAUGUUAAUGGGUGAUUCCAGUUGUAAGGUUUGUCCCGCUUGCUCAUUUCAAAACUCGAACCUUUGAUUUUUGAUUUCCCCCUGGGGCUAGCUGGCUUGAAUCGUGGUAGUCUCC